AUGGAAGAUAUGAAUGGAGCUUUACCUUCUCAAUUAUCCGACUCGGCAAGUUCAACAUCGGAAAUUGCAAGUCUGAAGGCUUCACUUUUAGAAAUGGAGCGUAAAUUAAAGGAUAAAUUCCUUCCAAUAAAAAGAUCCCAUCCGAUAGAAGUCUCUGAGAGCUCAGACGAGGCUCCUGCCAGGAGUCUGGCGCCAGCCAGGAGUCAGGCUCCUGUCAGGCGCAAAGCGCCUACAAGGCGAGAUGAUUUUCAUGAAUGGAGAGAAGAACCUGAACCUCCUACUAGACGAAAAGUGCCUGAGGCGCCUGGAUCGAGGCGCAAAGCGCCUGAAACUCCUGAAAUGAGGCGCAAAGCGCCUGAGAUGCAUGAAACGAGGCGCAAAGCGCCUGAAACUUCGGAAAUCAGACGCAAAGCGCCUGAGGCUCCUGAAAGGAGACGCAAAGAGCCUGAAGCGUCUGAAGCGCCUGAGGCUCCUGAAAGGAGACGCAAAGCGCCUGAAACGAGGCGCAAGGCGCCUGAAGCUCCUGAAUUGAGGCGCAAAGCGCCUAGAGCGCCUGAAACCAGACCCAAAGCGCCUGAAGCGCCUGAUGCUAGGUGUAAAGAGCCUGAGCCUUCUGCCAAGCGCCGGGCGCCUGAAUCUCAUUUCAGGCGCCUCACUCCUGAAGUGCCUAAUAUCCAUCAAGGGUCAAUCAGGCGCAAGGAAUUAACCAAACUACAGGAACCAGGCUUCAGGCGCUAUGAAUCAGAAGCUUUAUCGGAGUUUGAGGCGGACUUGGAGGCUCCUCUUUGGGAUUUUUCUCAGGAUCAGUUUUCACCUGACAGGGUCUCUAGAUGUCGCACAGGCGGCCGUAGCCCCUGUCAGGAUGGGCCUGAUUCUGCGAAAAUGGAGAGACAUUCGAGGCCUUCUCCUGAUAGGGACGGGAGUUGUCGCACAGGCGGCCGUCGUCCUUGUCAGGAGGGUCUUACUGUAAUCAAAGGCAAAGGACAGCAUCGGCCUUCACCUGGCAGGGACUCAAGACGUCGCACAGGCGGCUGUAGCCCUUGUUAG